CAGAGGGCGUGGCUGGGUGUCCUGCAUCGAGCCGGUGUACAUUCUGUCCAAAUGCCACAAAUGCCCGAUGAAGAGACGACAAACACGCGUAUAAAAUUCGCUAUAAGGUUGCUUGGCAUUUCCACAUGACCCGACACUAUUUCUUUGCACCAUAUGGGUCAUGUAAAGCCCCGGACUUUUCCCAUGCAAUGCAAUAUGCCAAUGUUCCAAGCUCCAGGACGGUAACGAAACGCAACAGAGAUCGCUAUCCGCAGUUUACAGGUAAGUUAAUUAGUUAUUUGGUAGUAAGUUUAUUAUAUUUUGCAACACAAUUAUUGUACGCUUUCUUUGAUAACACACUGUUACAAAGAUGACAGGCUGCCAAACCGUUUCUUAACGUCACAUGUGAUGGGCGCUCCAUGGAUUGAAUCCCGUUGGCCAACUACGCUGCGUGUCUGUGGAUAGUGCAUCUCUCUCGACUUGUGAUGUCGUCAUCAAGUAAACCGACGAAGCAUGAAAUCAGCGCUGUUCUUACCAAACUGAAAUCUAUUCCUUGCAACAAACGAUGCUUUGAUUGCGGGGGCACUAAUCCCACUUGGGCCAGCGUUACGUACGGUGUGUUCCUUUGCAUCGACUGUUCUGCUGUCCACCGCUCUCUCGGUGUUCACCUAAGUUUCAUCCGAUCCACACAGCUCGAUACUAACUGGACUUGGGUUCAACUUCGUGCUAUGCAAGUCGGAGGUAACGAGAGCGCCCGUGCGUUCUUCAAUCAGCACAACUUCGGAGCUGUAGAUGCUCAAGAAAAAUACCAAAGUAGAGCAGCGGAGCUCUAUCGCGCAAAACUGGAAAAGCUUGCUUUGGACGCAACUAGGCGUUAUGGUUCUAAGCUCCACAUUGAUAUCUCCGAUGAUGCUGACAAGCCACCAACAGAGAAAACAUGUGAUUUCUUUGCAGAACACAGAGUUAAUGCUGCUACUGCUUCUGAAGCCACUUACUUUUGCACUGACGAACCUACGAGGAACCAGAAAGCUCUCAGCUUGAAUAACACUUCCAGUGAUGUUGGACCCCGCAUCGACGAUGAGUUAUCACUUAACGCUCCGGGAAAUCAGGCCCCCGGUAUCGCUACAAGAAAAUCUAAAACAUUCAAGGGCACACCAAAGAAAGGGAACAAAUUAGGAGCAGCCAAGAUUACGACAGACUUUGCUGCAAUCGAAUCAGCGGCCGAAAAUGCGGAUCUUCAAAAACAGCAGCAAGCAGCCCUUGCCGAAACGCUAGCUCAUCAACAAGUUGAGCAAGAAGCGGAACGGAUCGCAUCGCUUCGCCUCGCUUACAAAGAGAUAACCGACGAACGAGAGAGGAAGGAAAUUGCUUUGAAAGCGGUGGAUCCAAAACGAGCCGAACAAGUGGAACGUCUUGGUAUGAGCAGUGCUCACUUGGGAACUCGGGACAUCGCUCACUCUGCCUUCUCCAACGUUCAAAAGAUUGAACAAGAAGGUGUGAAUCCUUCAGCCACUGGCACCCUUUCCUACCCUCCGGGUACUCUGCUUUCUUCUCCAAGAUUGGCUUCUGGUGAUCGUGAUGUUUCCACCGGGUCUUUCUAUUCCAAUUCCGAUGAUCUCUUUGCACGAAAGCCGCAAGGUAACCAAGGCUCUUGGGCUAGUGAUUGGACUAUGUUAUCUGCUCCACGGGAGAGUGAGUUCAGUGGGUCCUCGGCAGUGUCCUCCCUCUCUCCAACCCAUUCAGCUCGAAUCGCUGAGUAUACCGCCAUCACCUCAGACUGGAGCCGACCAGCUCCCUCAACGCACAGAUCGCGCGAAGAUCGCGCAACCAGGCGGGAUAACACUGAGUUGUCUACCACACGUCCAGAGGAAUUGAAGAAGUUUGCAAAUGCCACUAGCAUCUCUUCGGAUGCUUUCUUUGGGCGAGAAGAGGUCGAUGGUCCUGAAAUCUCCCGAUUUCAAGGCAGCUCCUCCAUUUCCAGUGAUGAUUACUUUGGUCGAUCUCGACCACAACCAUCCAGUCAAUAUUCCCACGAACUACAGCAAAUCAAGGAUGGUGUCCGUCAAGGCGUCACCAAAGUGGCCAACCGCCUCUCUACCUUGGCUAGCGGAGUGGUAAACUCACUUCAGGACCGCCUAGGAUGAUUCCGCUUCGUGAUUAUCUUGUGGUUCGCUCUCGGUCAAUUCAAAUCCUGCUACUUCCGGAAUCCCGCGUUUGCAGAGCAACGUCUUCCUCUUCGCCGUACGCGCGUAAUCUUCGAUACUUCUUACAACGUUAGGUGCGGUCAAUAGGAAGCCAGCGUUCCAGUUUUCUCACCCCCCCAUCCAUCUUACUUAUGUCAAAUAACGGAACUUGACUGUUAACUUUGUCAUUCUUUUCUCUCCCCCUUCACUUGUUUGAUGGUUUUCUCCUCUUUCCACUGUUUUCAUGGCAUCGCUCGCGUUAUUUUUGGUGUUUGAUGUAGGCGCCUUUAUUUCCACUGCUUCUUUUUCUGUUCGAACUGUCGUCACCUUGUGAACCGAUCACAAACUAACAGUUCACUUAUUUCCUGAGCACUGUUCUUUAUUUUUGUUACCUUCUCUGGUACACUUGAUUUGGGUCCAUAUUUCUUUGUAUGCACCCAUCUCGGAUCCCUGGGUCGCAUUUUGGCGAUUCUUUCAAAUGAGUUGUUUGCAAACCACUCUCACGGCUGAAGUCAUCUGAGUUCUCUUUGCAUAAAGCUACCUCGGUGAAUUCGUCGCACUUUCUGGCCUAUCCUGACGGCUUUGGAUUCUCAUAAUUUAAAGGAUUGUGAAGCGUCCAUGAUUGGCUAAUCAACCGGUUGGUUCAUUCGUGGAAGCUAAACCAUCCAAUGCAACUGAUCAUCCGUCACAUUC